AUGGGGGAGAGAGCGGCAUACAUUGUCCCAUAUGGGUCAAACUGGGGCGGUGUGAAUGACCGGUUUGGAUUUGGGAGGAGGGAGGAGAGUGUGGUGGCUCUGUCUCGACUGGCUAUGCUGGAUGAAGUCAACAGAUACAGACAGCGGAUUGGCGUCACACGGCAGAUGAACAGUGAAGUCACCUUUAAACUGCAGCUCAAGUCGCGAGAUAUCUCCAUUCAACCGGCCAACCUGCCUUUCUGUGUGCUCUCCCGGAGGGCCUUCCCUGACGCCUGCAGCAGCAUCACCGUCUCAAUUAACGCCUCUGUGCCUCUGAACGGGGCUAAGUGCCAACCCUGCCACCCGUGUGCGCAGGGGAAAGAGGUUGAAGCCAUUCUGAAUGCCACGUCACCCUCAUCUGACAAGUGGCUGGGUCCCGUCCAAUCAGGAGUCGCCUUCUGUCCCGGUGGGAAGGGGAGAGGGAAGGGGCAAUCGUGGCCGUCGGAUUGGGAGGAGAUCUACAGACGAACGGCGGGAGAUGAGCUGGGGGCGAGGCAGAGGAGGAUCAGAAGGAGAGUGGGGGAAAUCGACACGUGCACUCGGUUCCUGGAGAAGAUGAAAGAGACGGUAUCCAACUGGGACGCCCCGUCCCCACUCGCCCUCUGCACUCGCUCUGCUCUUGGUGUUCCCACCGUGCUUGGCACUCCUCAAGACUCCUUCCCAGUCUUCCCUGCACUGCUCUCCCCCACAAGCCGCGUCCUUCACUUGGAAUACACGGCGCUACAAGCAGGAACAGUGGCAGGGAAAGGUGCAGCAGGAGGAGCGGCAGUAGGAGCAGAAGGGGGAGCGGAGGGAGAGAAGCAACAGGAAGGCCAAUCGUGGGAGGAUGCAGUGGAAAGGGCACAGGCGGGGGUGCGGGUGGCUAGAGCGUCGUUUGCUGACCUGCAAUUGGCUGCUGACCGGCAGGAGAUUGUUCCUGUGUUGAAGGUCACCGUGCACGGGCCAUCACAGCCCGUCGAGCUGCUCAGCUCACUCGCCUCCUUCUCCCUCCCGCCGCUCUGCCUGCUCCUCCUAAGAGCCCCCCCUUGCUCCCCUGAGAGCCUCCGACGCCGCACACAGGGGGAACCGGAAGCCUUGGGAAUGCCGCCAUGUGCGAAGCUGCUGAUUGGCUGGGGGGGUAAUGUUGGAUUUCAGGCGGAGAGGUGUGAAGUGGAACCGAAUUUGAGGUGUACGUUUUAUUCUCCCAAGCAUUGUGCGACAUUGUUGAGAAAGAAGAAACUAAAUUCAUGA